AUGACCAAUUACUUCCCUGCGGGCGCCAGCAAUGGUUCUUCACCAACCUCCUCACCACUGUCUCCGCCACUGUCCCAGCGCUCUACGGCGUUGUCAAAUCGUCUAACAUCCAUUCUCUCCGCGUCAUAUGCCGACUCCGACAUCCGCGAUGCUCUCGAGACUUUGAGCGUACGGGGAAUUCACAAUACUGCCGAAACACGUCGACAGUUGCGCUUGGAUGUACAGAAAGAGAUUGUGGAUAGCAAUGCUGAGAUCGUAAAGGACUUUGGGAAUGUUGCGGAGCAAUUGAAACGGAUCGGACGCGUAAUCUCGACAUUAAACCAGACAUGUGACGAAAUGCGUAAACACAUCGGCCUAGCCAGGCAGGAUACUACGCCGGUGUUGGAAGAAGCCGUCGCGUUGAUGGAUCAGAAGAAGGACACAGAGACGAAACAACGGUUGCUAGACGCUUUCUCAAAACAUUUCCUGGUAGCUGAAGAGGAUUUAAUGUCUCUUACUGCCGCUGAAGGGCCCAUUGAUAGCCGGUUCUUCGACAUCCUCUCCCGCGUCAAGCAAGUGCACCAUGAUUGCGAGCUCCUUCUCGGCGGCGAGAACCAACGGCUGGGCUUGGAGGUUAUGGACCUGAGCAGCCGACACCUCAAUACUGCGUACCAGAAGUUAUACCGGUGGAUUCAGAAGGAAUUCCAGUCUCUGAACCUUGAGGAUCCCCGUAUCAGUGGUUCGAUUCGCCGCGCAUUGCGGGUGUUGGCAGAGCGUCCUAGCCUGUUCCACAGCUGCCUCGAUUUCUUCGCGGAGGCUCGUGACUACGUUCUUUCAGAUGCAUUCCAUUAUGCGCUGACAGAUGCUAUUUCUGGUGCCACUGGAUCGGGAGCCGGAAGUGAUCCCACUGUCAAGCCGAUUGAAUUCUCGGCGCACGACCCGCUGCGGUACAUCGGUGACAUGCUUGCAUGGGUACAUUCUACAACAGUGUCAGAAAGGGAAGCUUUAGAGGCUCUCUUUGUUGCGGAUGGGGAGGAACUUGCACGAGGCAUCCAGGCGGGGUUGAACAGCGAGCCCUGGUCGCGGAUCGACGAAGAGGAAGAGGUGGCCUUUAAUGGUCAAAAGGCACUCAGUGAUCUCGUGAACCGCGACUUGACAGGAGUCUCCCGAUCUCUCCGACAGCGAGUCGAGCUAGUGAUCCAGGGACACGACGAUCCUGUUACCUGUUAUAAAGUGGUCAAUCUGCUCUCCUUCUACCGUACGACCUUUACCAAGCUGGUCGGGCCACAGUCGAAUCUAGUAGACCUGAUGCAAGCUUUGGAGAAGUUUACCCUCGGCCAUUUCGAGUCUUUGAUGCGCGAUCAAGCUAGUGCCCUCUCGACCGACCAUGCUGCCCUGGCUCCUCCAGACGACCUGUCGCCCCCGGAGUUCCUGUUGGAUGCUUUGGAAUGUCUCGUAUCACUCAUGAAAACUCACGAGGGCUCAGUGGGCCCGGACGAGUCAUCGGACGCAGACAACGAAAACCGGUUUACUCGCGUGCUUCGCGCCGCCUUCGAUCCAUUCCUGACCCUGGCUCGGUCCUCAUCGGAUGAGCUCCAUGAUACUACUGCACACACAAUCUACCGCACCAAUAUUCUUCUCGCGGCGCAUGCGACUGUCCAGCCCUUCUCCUUUGCUAGUGCAACACACAACACUCCUCUUUCCGCUGCCCUGUCUACCCUUCGCACAAACCUUCUUGACAUCCAGCACCAAUUUCUUCUCGAGACAUCGGGGUUGCAGGUUCUUCUAGAGGCGCUGGAGCCAUUUUCUAAGACAGCCAAGGGAUCCAAGGAGGAGACCGAACCAACGGACGAGAAGUCCGAGAAACCGGAUCAGCAAAAACCCCAGCUGGCAGACCUGACAAGCCUCCCUGCGUUCCAACCCGAGGCCCUCAUCACAUCUAGCCAGCAGCUGGAUGACUUCCUCCCGUCGGCUCUGAUGGAUGCUACUGAUAACCUCAAGCGUGUGCAGAGCGCCUCUCUCGUCCAGAGUGUGACCGAGGAUGCAGUUGAGGCCUUCUGUCGGGACUUUGAGUUUGUGGAGGGCAUGAUUAUUGCUGCCGAUGAAGCUAGGGGAAUGACCCAGGUGAGCCUGGGAACUGGAAGUAGUGUGAUCAGUAGUCGGAGUGGAAGAUCCUCGCGGAAGCCGGAGGCGGGUGAAGAAGGUGAUGAGGAAAAUGGCGAAAGAGAGGAUGGGUGGAGCUUGCGGUCAUUAUUCCCUCGGACCACCGGCGAAAUCCGCGUGCUGCUGAGUUGA